AUGAGCCUCGUUGGCAUUGCCCGGUCGAGGACGUUGUGGCUAGUUCCCGGAGCCCGCUCCGAGUCUAUCACGUUUGUAUUCGUGUUGGCCUUUACAAUCAUGUCCUUUGCUAUAGAGUCGAGCGGCAAGGAACGUCUGUUGACCAAAAGUGCCAACAAGCCGCGAACUCCAGAAGCUUACAGUGGGUUUUGGAAAUUGGUCGGCUACCUAUGGCUACGGCGUACUUUUCUCGACGGUUACUCCAAGGUCAUAUCUGUUCAGGAUCUUCCCGAGCUAGACCCCGGCCUUGCGAGCGAUGUUGUUCACCAAGAACUCGCCAAUUCAUGGGCUAAAUCCAACAAGUUCAAGAAAAACAUGCUCCUGUAUGCCUGUUUCAAAGGAUACAAAUGGUCGUUUCUCUCAGCUGUUAUCCCAAGGCUUUUCCUUUCCGGCUUCAUGUUUGCAAACCCUUUCCUAGUCACUGCCACCAUAAAGUGGGUUGAAGAUAAGACUUCCACGACUGCGUCUGGAAAAGGCCUAAUUGGAGCUUUUGCCCUCGUAUACCUCGGCACCGCGGCGUCCACGGCUAUUUACUGGUACCGCACGUAUCGAUUCAUCACCCGACUUCGAGGCGGCCUUAUUGCGCUUACUUUCCGGCAAACCGUUCAUUCUCGAGGCGUUGAUCUAGGCAAAAUCACAGCAAUCACCUUGAUGGGAACUGACGUGGAGAGAAUUGUCUACGGAUUCCGAUUUAUCCACGAGCUCUGGGCUGCACCUAUUGACAUCUGUAUCGCUGUAUAUUUGCUCGAGAGGCAAGUCUUCAUUGCUUGCAUUGUGCCCGCCGUCAUUUUAGGAGUGUUUAUUGCCUCCACCUUCUACCUCUCCCCCUUUGCCAAGAAGGCCCAACGACAAUGGGUCGAGAGGGUCGAGGAACGGCUCAAACUGACGUCAUAUAUGCUGGGAGACAUGAAGGCCGUCAAGAUGCUUGGCCUGUCCGAUCGUAUGUACAGCAUGAUUCAGAAACUAAGGGAACUUGAACUCGCUACGUCCACCAAAUUCCGAAAGCUUCUUCUCUGGCAGUUGUUCCUCUCAAAUUCACCCCAGUGCUUGGUCACCGUCGGAACCUUUGCGGUUUAUGUUGCCGUGGCGCUCUCCCGGCAUGAUAAUUCCAUCCUCGCAGCCCAGGCCUUCACAUCCUUGACACUCAUCUCUCUCCUCUCGAAUCCCGCUUUGAUCUUUAUUCAGGCGGUUCCUCAGGUCGUGCAGUGUAUUGGGUGUUUCGACCGACUCCAAGAAUAUUGCAAUCGCCCAUCAUACGAGGAGGCCGUUGGAAAGCCCAAGACGGACUCUUUCGACGGUGAUACGAGUUUGAAAAAUUCGGAGAAGGUGACUGAAAACAUGGUUAAGGGUGAGAAUCGUGAGCCUGAGGAGAAUCUCCUCCUGACUUCCUUCCACAACCAGACUGUAGGUUGGGACCAGACAGCUCCACCCGUUCUCAAGCGGUUGGAUCUGAACGUACGCGCCAACGAAGUCACCAUGAUCAUUGGGCCCAUCGGAAGCGGCAAGUCAACGUUCUUAGAGAGCAUCCUCGGAGAAACGGUGGUCUUCGAGGGAAAGAUGACCAAAUACUUCUCAGCAGCAGGAUACUGUCCCCAGACGCCAUGGUUGAGGAAUCAAACCGUCCGGCAAAACAUCGUUGGUGCUUUUGAAUUCGACGAGGAUUGGUAUGCGACGGUCGUGUAUGCAUGCGGGCUGGAACAGGACCUAAAUCAGCUGCCGCUCGGCGAUUCUACCGUCGUGGGAAGUAACGGACUCUCUUUGAGUGGAGGGCAAAAGCAACGAAUCGCACUGGCACGCGUUGUGUAUUCGAGGCACCGAGUCGCCGUCUUGGACGACGUCUUCAGUGGCAUGGACGCGACCACAGUCGAGCACAUCUCAAAGUCCCUCUUUGGACCACAGGGCCUUUUCAAAACACACCCCACAAGUGUCGUCGCGACAACCCACAGCCCUUAUUUGCUUCAGUACGCCGACUCCGUCAUUGCAUUCAAAGACGGGGAGGUCAUUGAAGCUGGUAGGAUCGAGGAACUCAGAGCUAGGGACGGAUACACGGCUAGCAUUUGGAGGAACCCGCAGACGGGCUCCAGCACUCCAAAGGAGCCGACAAGUGAAGGCCAAGAUUCAACCCCCGAUGCCGGAAUUACAGAGGCAACUGACGCUGAAGCCGACGCUCGACGCCAGCGCGGCGACUUCUCGGUCUAUCGCUACUACAUCAAGGCCGCUGGCGUCCUGCCCGCAACAGUAUUCGUUGUCUUCGUAUUCAUCUGCGCCACCCUAUUUGAGCUUCAACAAGCGGUAUGGCUUGACCAGUGGUCCAAGGCAAAUAGAGAAGAACCCAACAAAAAUGUCGGAAUGUAUCUAGGCGUGUAUGCCGCGUUUGGCGUGGCUGCUGUCAUCGCAAUGAUCAUUGGAGCCUGGUCCCUCGUUAUCCCCGUUAUCAACAACAGUGCCUUGGGCCUCCACAAGGACCUGCUGCAAUCGACAGUCUCGGCGCCGAUCCAAUUCUUCACCAAGGUUGAUAUUGGCAACCUAACAAAUAGAUUCAGUCAAGACAUGGACCUGAUCGACAUGAAGCUCCCAAUGUACGCAGUUAAUUAUGUGUCAGCUGCCUCGUUUUGCAUCAUCAAGGUGGUUGUCCUAUCCGUUUAUGCUCGUUACCUCACGCUCGCUGUACCAUUCCUGGCAGUCGUCGUAUACUUUACGCAAAAGUUUUACCUACGCACGUCGCGGCAGAUGCGUCUUCUGGACAUUGAAGCUAAGGCACCGCUUUAUUCCCACUUCCUCGACACUGUUGGUGGCGCAACGGGGAUACGUGCCUUUAGAUGGCACGCUGCCUUCGAAGCCACCUGCAUAGAUCUGCUUGACGUUUCACAGCGACCAGUAUAUCUCCUCUUCUGUAUUCAGCAAUGCCUUGCUUUUGUCCUCGAUAUAAUCGUCGCCAUUCUCGCAGUUCUCUUGGUCACGACGGUAGUGGCGUGGCGCGACUCCUUCCAGCCAGGACAAGUUGGUGUUGCGUUGGUCUUGGUCAUGACUUUCAACGUUGAGUUAACGCAGUUGGUCAAAUUCUGGACAAUGUUGGAAACCUCAAUCGGAGCCGUGGCGCGAGUUAAGGAUUUUACCUAUUCGACUCCUUCUGAAAGGGGAACGACGAAGGUCACCACGCCUCCGUCAACGUGGCCCUCUGCUGGAGACAUCAAAUUUUCCAGAAUUGUGGCGAGCUAUUCACCAGAGUCACCCCCAGUAUUAAAGGGGGUUUCUCUACAUCUUCAGCCAGGAGAGAAGGUUGCCCUCAUCCAGCUCCAGGAAGGAUGUAUUACCAUCGACGACGUUGAUAUUUCCCAACUUGACAAAGAAGACCUGCGAUCUCGGUUGAAUGUCAUCACACAAGACCCCUUCCUCAUGCCAGGGACGAUACGAUUCAACAUUGACCCUUACGAAGCGAGUUCGGACGAUGAAAUCAUCGAAGCACUCAAGAGGCUGCGGUUAUGGGACCUUGUCAAAGACCAGGGAGGACUUGACAAGGCUAUGGAGGCCAAUUCGUGGUCCAUCGGACAGAGGCAGCUUCUUUGUCUCGCGAGAGCAAUGGUUCGGGGUAGUCGUAUUUUGAUUCUAGACGAAGCAACGAGCAGCGUCGAUACUGAGACGGAGUCUAUCAUGCACGAGGUGAUAGAAACGGAUUUUGCUCAUCAUACUGUUCUUUCUAUCAUGCAUCGUUUGGCGCAUAUUACGAAUCAGGCGGCCAUUGAGGAGCGGAUGUCAAAUGAGGAAACGGUAGACUAA